AGUAACCUCGUCAGAGCUAAGAAAUUUCUUUGAACCUUCAAUUUGAUCCACUCCAGUUUCCCCCCGACUAUGAUUAUCGACUUAUUGAUCCAACAAAAUCUUCAUUAACAACAGGUGGUGGGAGAAAUUAAGAGAGAAUGGGCGCUAGCUUGGUGUUUUUCUUCAUCCUGCAGCUUUCGUGGCUAAUCGGAGCAGCCAAUUCUGAUUGUCAUGAGACAUGUGGGAAUGUUGCAAUUCCGUUGCCAUUUGGAAUCAAAACUGGUUGCUAUAACAAUUCGUGGUUUAGAGUCACUUGCAACCAAACCGUUAAUGGGCCAAAACCUUUCAUCAGUCGCAUCAAUCUGGAGUUACUUGGUAAAUUUCAACCGGUUGAAAACGCCGUAUCCGUCAACAAUCCGGUAAGUUACCUAAAUUGCGGUGAUAAAGGAAACAACGGUACCACGGCUUCUUCAAGCGUGGACCUUGCAGACAGUCCGUUUUUCUUCUCAACUGAAUACAACGUAUUCGGGUCAGUAGGUUGCGGCAAUAUUGUAUAUCUCAAUAAUCAAGCUGCCGAUGCAAUCACUGUCUGCCUACAACGAAGAUGUGGCGACCUGACUUCUAAAUUAGGUGGCUGUCAAGCCAAUAUUUCUGAUAAUCUUGUUUCCUAUACAACAAACAUUACAGAUAUAGAGUUCUCUAAUCCUGGGAGCAAGAGAUGUACAUCUGCUUUCAUAUUUGAUUCUAGUCGGUUGAAAUCAUCAGAUGUAGAUCCUCAAUUUCCCUACAAUAUAAGUAUUAAUACGACGCAUGUUCCUGCAACGCUGAUGUGGUAUUCCGUCAUAUGCAAUUUGGGAGCUGCGAUAUGCCAAAAAUUAAAACCAGCUGAAAAUCCACCUCCUCCAGUUCAAUCACCAACUAUACCUUUAAAUUACAAGUAUGGAUGCAUUGAAAGAUGUGGGAAUAUUGGUAUUCCAUUCCCAUUCGGCAUUGAAGUGGGAUGUUACAUGAGUAACUGGUUCAGAGUAACUUGCAAGGAAACAAGUGAUGGAUCAAGGCCUUUCAUAAGUAGCAUCAAUCUGCAAUUAUUGGAUGUGUCAUUUUCCGAAGGCAUAGUUCUCGUCAACUAUUCGGUAGUUUAUACCAAUUGUCUCAGAGAAACUAAUGUGGUUGGUGUCAACCUAACAGGCACCCCCUUUCUCUUCUCAGAUGUCUUCAACAGAUUUGUUUCUGUAGGUUGCGAUAGUUUGGCGGCUUUUCUUCGUAGUCCAACGGAUGAUUAUCCUAUUAAUUGGUGUGCUCAACCACAUUGUGACAACAUGACUUCCGAAGCUAUGUGCUCUAGAGAUAUUCCUCCGAAUCUCAGUUCCUUUGCUGCAAACGUGACACAGAUUUAUCCUAGUAAUGAAAACAAUAGAUUAUGUGGAUCUGCUUUCAUUGUUGAUCAACGUUACCCGGAUUCACUAGAGAGAAUAAUUACAAACCGCAAUGACACAAGUAAGCAGUCUCGGUCAUACUUCCCCACAACACUGCUAUGGGGCACACAUAAACGUGGGCUGUGUGAGUUGAGAGAAGGUUCAAACAUCUCGUGUCGCUCUGAUGGUGCAUACUGUUGGGCAAGCUUGAGCGAAACACAUCUAUGUGUUUGCCAUUUGGAUUCCUAUGGUGAUUCUGAUGAUGUAUGCCAAGAAUCAGGCAAAUGUGACGAUUUAAAAUAUAAAUACUGUCAUAUGCUUUGUUUGAAUACUCAAGGCAACAAUUGUUCGUCAUCAUGUCCAGCAGGAUAUGAAUACAUCGAUGAUAUAUGCAAAUCCACAAAAGACCCUAAAAGAUCUCAAAUUUUGCCCAUCAUCGUAGGUUGCGGAGCUAGUAUUGGGACAAUAUUUGUGCUACUUGGUGCAUGGCAUUCGCACAAACUUCUGAAAAGAAGAAACAAUACCAAGCUGAAGCAGAAAUACUUUAAAAGAAAUGGAGGCUUACUACUGCAACAACAAUUGUCCAACAAUGAAGGUAAGGUUGAGAAAAUUAAAGUUUUUACUUCAAAGGAGUUGGAAAAGGCGACGGAUUAUUAUAACGAGAAUCGAAUUCUUGGUCAAGGCGGUCAAGGGACUGUUUAUAAAGGAAUGUUGACAGAUGGCAACAUUGUGGCUAUUAAAAAGUCUAAAUUGGUUGAAGAGAAGGUAUUAGAUGAUAAGAAGCUUAAACAGUUCAUUAAUGAGGUGAUAAUUUUAUCACAAAUUAACCAUAGAAAUGUGGUUAAGCUUUUAGGAUGUUGCCUAGAGACCAAAAUCCCUUUGUUGGUGUACGAGUUCAUCCCGAAUGGGACACUAUAUGACCUCCUACAUAGGCCAAAUGAAGAGUUCCCAUUGACUUGGGAAAUACGCUUACGAAUUGCAAUUGCAACUGCAAAUGCUUUAUCCUACUUGCAUUCAGCUGCUUCUGUCCCUAUUUAUCAUCGAGACAUCAAAUCUAGCAACAUACUAUUGGAUGAUAAAUACAAUGCAAAAGUUUCGGAUUUCGGAACUUCAAUAUCAGUUGCGCUUGAGCAAACUCAUGUAACCACUCGAGUACAAGGAACUUUCGGAUAUCUGGAUCCAGAGUAUUUUCGAUCAAACCAGUUCACAGAAAAGAGUGAUGUGUAUAGUUUUGGAGUUGUUCUUGUUGAACUUAUAACAGGACAAAAACCCAUCUCUUCAAGUGAAUCAGAGGAAGUGGUGAGAAGCUUGGCAAACUUUUUUCUACUCUCAAUGGAGGAGAAUGCCUUACUCAACGUUGUUGAUCCAUUGGUAAUGAAUGGUAAUGCAAAAGAAGAAAUUGUAGCGGUGGCUAAGCUAGCAAAAAGAUGCUUGAAUCUCAAUGGAAAGAAAAGACCUACAAUGACAAAAGUUGCAAUGGAACUAGAACAGAUCAGAUCGUUGAAGGAAGCUAAUGUCAUUGAACAAAAUGCCUAUGAAGAUUCUGAUAUAGAUGACAUGAUCGAAGCUUCGGAUAUUGCUUCUUGUUCAACGUCUAGUUCAAUUACAAACGAUAGUGUAACUUAUCACAGUGUGACACUUUGA